AUGGCUUGGACUAGUACAUUACCAGCACAUCUAUUGAACUUGAUCAAAAACUCCAAAUAUGUUCACGUAGCUACCUGUUCUAAAGAUUGCAUUCCUUCGGUGGCAUUGAUGAACUAUAUCUACGUGCCAGGUGAAAAACUGUUUGGCCAAACGGAUAAUAAAAACGACUACAUUAUAUUUGUUACUCCUCAAGACACACAAAAGUUUUACAACAUCAAGGAAAACCCUAAAGUGGCCCUAUUGUUUCACGAUUGGAUCAUCGCGAAUAAUUUGUCAGUGGGUAAGGAAAGCAUCUCUGGAACACCGACACCGACACCCGCUUCUCAUGACGAACAACGUCAAAGCAAGCUUUUGAAUUUGUUACAAGAGUUAAAUCAAGCUGAAUUGAACCAGAUGAGUGCAUCCAUUGGUGGCGAAACUGAGACUGUCAAUCCUGAAAGUGAAGAAUCUAACUACUAUAAGGACUUAAUACUAAAAGCCAAUCCUGAUGCGAAAGCUUUUAUAUUUGAAGAAAACACUGCCGUUGUUAAGGUUAGAAUUGAUAAUGCUAGGGUGUCCAACAAUGAGAACAGGACAAUGUUUUUAAGUAAGGGUAAGAGUUAA